AUGUGGGCACAUAACCGAGUGAACCUGCGCAAGUCGGUGCGCGAUGCCCUGCGGUACCGACCGAUCGUGGAUGGCUCGCAGCUGAUGAAUGAGCUGCUGAGCCUGGAGAAGGUCGAGCGCCACUGGGAGGUCGGGUUCAGGCGCCGGUUCUUGAUGAGCAAGGAGGCAGACUGGCGAGCCAUCGCGCAAUCGUACAUGGUAGGAGCCACGCAAUGGGACAUCGGGGCGCUGUUGAGCGGUGCCCUGCUGAUGGCGUCCUUGUACGGCAUGCUGUCUGCCUCUCCCGUCGCCAUGGUCGUCGCCUUUUUCGCCAUGUGCAACAUGCUGCAGCUGCGGUUGCACCGCGACAGGCUCACGCUGCACUUUUGCCUCACCGCGUGCUUGGGGUACAUCGUGCUGAUGGUGGAACUCCUCGUCGUGGAUCCGAAGCACGCCGUGAACUACGGAGGCAUCACCACGAUACUUGGGUGUAUAUUCCUGCACCUGAUCGUGCUCAUCCUGCUCGCGCGCUACACCAUCGGGCGCAUGUUCGAGCGGUUCGCGGACUCUUGUAUGCAGUUCAGGGUCCCGUCGCUGCUGGAGUUCCAGUCGUUGGUGACGGGGGUGGUGGCCGGGCUGGGCGCCAUGUUUGUCGUCUGCCGCCUGUACUGCCUCGCUUUCACGGCCUUCGUCACGGUCUGUUUCGUGUUGUUCUCGAGGCUGCCGUCCCCCGCGGCGAGACGGCCGGACAAUGUCGACGUUACCGGGCGGUUGAACGUUCCAUCGCGCCAAUCGGCCAGCCGGAGCUUUUUGGAGGCGUGCCUGCCAGUGGUGCGGUGCCUCAUCAGCGUCAUGUUCAUCGCCGCGGCGUUAUGCGUCUGCUUUGCGAGCGCGAUUGACGACCAUGUGCUGUCCCUGACUUCCCAGGGGUCGUUCAGGAAGUGGGCAACCGAGCACGGCCAGGCUGACGAGUUCGUCCCCCCCUUCCGAAGCUUGGCGUACAUGCUGGCGAUCAUGUGCGGGAUCAUCCUGGCCGUGCAGAUCGUCAAGCUGGUGCAGCUGUUGCUGAAUUCGCCGCGGCUGCGUAGGGCGCUGGAGCACAGCACCGUGUUCAUGGGCAAGGGUUGCCUGGGGCGCCAUGGCGACCUGGUGUACGCCUACCACAACUACUCCCUGGACAGGAUGGGGAAGGUUGUUACCGUUCACACCAUGGGGAAGCAGCCGCUGAUGGUCUGUGACCGCUCGACCCUGACCUGCUACGACAUCUACCUGGCCAUGCAGCGCCGUGCGCUCCACGCGCUCAGCCUGCAGUCGUACUUCUGCUACGUGCCCAUCGCGUACCUCUACUCGACCGAGCGCGACUGCAACGUCCAGCUGCGCACACGCGUGAAACUGGAGCAGAUGGCCACCGAGCUGGAGCACCUCAUCGAUCGCGAGCGGCGCCGCCGCCGUGCAGCGCGCAGGGAGCGACAGCGGCGACUCGAGCUUGAGAAGGCCAUGCGAAACAGGCCGGAAUUCAUAUCCGCGUCCAUCCCUACUGACGUCGGCGUGCACGUGGUGCCCGUGCUGCACGACAGCUACCAGGAGGCGCGCGAGGAGGAGAUGUCGCGCCAUAGGUCGAUGUCCAUCCCGGUGAACCUGAGCCUCUGCAACGUCAGCGACCUCGCGCCGGUGUCGUCGCUGCGCAACAGCAUGUACCAGCGCCGCUGCGUCACGACCGCCGUUGGCGACGACUUCUACCUGCGCCGCCGCACCAUCAUCGACAGGGUGCGCUGCUCGUGGCUGGAGCACCCCUCCGAAUCGUUCCCGUCGUUCGAGCCCCUGGUGCCGACGAGCCCCAGGGUGUACCGCGACCCCAACCGCGGCGACUUCAACUUCAACACCAUCGACUCGGCGCUCUCGUCCGUGUUCCGCGGCCUCGAGCUCAUGAAGACGACCGAGACUAUGGUGGAGAGGACUCCGCAGCGACUGCGCGGCCCGCCCUACAACAAGUACAAGCUCGACCCGACCGACAUAUACCCGCUCAAUUUCGACAGCGGCCACCGCAGAGAAGUCAAGCGGGCCGGCGGUGAUAUGCUGAGCUGCAGCCCAAGCGUGAAGGCGGAGCUGCCUGACGACGUGGUGGUGACGAUCGACAUGGGCGACGCCACGCCAAUGCAGUCGCGGCUGGAAACUGAGGAGCUAGACCCCCAGAGCGCCCAUGUUAGCAGGGGCGUGACCCCGCAGUCCGCCAUCUUCAGCGAUGUGCACGCCGACCCGUCGCCGGGGCAGUUUAUGGACGCUUUCGAGGUGCAUGAACCGGUGCAGUUCAUCGACAUAGGCUCGGCGAAGAGCAGCAUUGGCCCCAUUGACCUGUCGGCAGAGCAGAUCAGGAGCGGUUGUGGCGCUGGCCACACGGACUCCCUCGGCAAGUGGCACUGGCUGGACAACGCCGUCAACACCGCGCUGACCGGCAACGGCGUGGCGAUGUCAAGCAUACGGUCAGACCCCACGAUCCACACCGACCGGGAGGAGUUUGAGCGCCGGAGGCCGCUGGAGGAGAUACUGGAGGGCGAGUACUACAUCAACGACAAGGGCGAGCUCGUGGUGAAGAACGACAGCCGGUACGUCCCGGUGCGUUACCACGGCGAGCGCAGCGUCAAGCGGCUGACCGAGUUCUACAACAGCGGGCGCCAGCGGGCCAUCGAGCACGGGGUCAGCGGCACUUCAUCCGACAAGGAAGGCCACAGCCACGGGGUGCAGUCUCUCAACCUGACGAGCUCCCCCCUCCACAUGCACGCGCUCAGUGCGCUAUCCGAUGAUAUCCUGCCCAUGGAGGCGCUGAGUCGCCGCGUCUCGCACCACCUUAUCAUCACGGACUCCGUGAAGUGCGACCUGGAGGCGGGGGCCAUGAAUGCGGAGUCGGAAAGCGAGCUGUCGGAGACGGUUUCAUUCACCGAGUUCGAGACUGACGACCGCCCCGAGUUUGUGGUGACGCGCGAAUACGAGCUGUACUCGCCGUUUAACCUCACCCGUAUCUCAGCAGGCCCGGGGCAAUCGCUACAACGCUCACGGAUUUCGGACCGGUCGCAGAAGCAGGCGAGCGACUCCUCGUACGCGCCACUCUCGGGUUCGGGUACCGACGAUGCCGAGGGCAGCCGUGCAGGCGGCGAGAGCGGCCUGGCGGAGGGCACAGAUGGCGAGGGCGCCACCUACCGUGACCGUUCGUUGGACACCAGCGCGGACUCGCUGGAGACCUUCGGCGAUAUCAGCCCACGCGAGCUGCGCAAAAUCGCAGCGGCGCGUCACCUGCCGCUGGCGCUGGACUCGAGGCAGGAGAAGGUGUUCUCAAUCUGUCCGCAGCCGCGCAGGCACGGUGCAGCGGUCGCGGCGUCACGCUCCAAACAGGAGGAGUACGUGGACUCCGUCGCCACCACCCCCGUUGAGCUACGCCGCCACAAGAUAAACGGCAGCAGCGGGUGCGACUACCGCAACCGGUACGCCGACAGCGCGGACGGUUCGGUGACGUCCCCCAGCUCUUCCUUGGCGACGCCGUCGCCGACCACGGGCUCAUCGCGCCCCGUCAUUCCCCAGCGCAGGUGGCGCAACGAGUUCGACUUCUCGCCGAUCGCCGUGCACUCCACGGAGGACGUGUUGCGCGAGCUCAUGCAGGACAUCGACAUGGUGGACUCGGCGGUGGAGGACCACGCCUCCGACGUCAGCCACGACUUCAUCUUCGGCCGUUGA